AGCACACCUGGAAGGCUCAAGCACAUAAUCUAGGUUGCUGCGCAUUUGCGGCAUUUUCCACAUGCUGCCUUAUUAUUUGGUGUUACUACCCUUGACGACCGGAGAAACCGGAGACCGUUUGGAGAGACCAGUUCGGUCACCCCGGUGGCUCAGGUGGAUAUGUCUGGCCAUCUUGUUUCCCUUGGUGCAGACGCUGCACGCACUCCAACACGAAAGUUCCGAUCGAAAACUGUGGCUCUUUUACUGGUGCCUCUAUUGUGUAGCGUCCAUCACGCUGUACUACUUUGAGUGGCUCCUUUGCAUACCCUUCUAUGUUCUCUCGUUCUACGUAGACAUCUACUACGAGACGCAACUUCUAGUGAUUUUCUACCUUGUGUACCCGAAAACCUUGGGUAUCAAGAGACUGCAGGAAUUUGUAGAGGCCCAAAGCUGCAAUUUGCUGGAAGGAGGCACUGAGCUGGCCAAGGGUUAUGCGAAGAUUGCGUACGACCAGUUUCUGGAGCUCACCGGCAAGCCCUCGUGACUCGCACGGAGAGACGAUGCGUGUCGUAUUGGGAGAGAUGCGCAAGUGGAUGCAGAGCAGAAUCCCAGGAAUGAGCUUAAAAUACAUCAACCCCCGGAGUGAAAAUGUAUAUAAUUGUUGGUUUGAUCUCCGCAAUUGUUGG